CUCCCAAGCCUUGGCUGCUCCUUCGAGCUCCCAUCCAUGGCUCCUUUCUUCCUCCUCCUCCUACUCAGCCAGAUCCUUCUCUGUGCAGCCGUCGACACCAUCAACUCCUCCACACCGUUGUCCGGGCCGCAGAAGAUUGUGUCCAAGGGCAACAAGUUCACCUUGGGCUUCUACACCCCAACCCAAGGUAACACCACCUCCUCCUCCAGCACCAGCAACUACUACAUCGCCAUAUGGUACAGCAACAUACCGCAGCAGACGACCGUGUGGACGGCCAACUCCGACGUCCCGGUGACAGACCCGACCACCGCAGCCCUGACCAUCGGCAACGAUGGCAACCUCGUCCUCCUUGAUCGAUCCAACAACCGGCUGCUGUGGUCGACCAACGUGAGCAUUGGAUCCAACUCCACCAUUGCCGUCCUCCAAGAUAACGGUAGCCUUGACCUCACUGAUGCCAAUUCAUCAAUAGUUUACUGGCGAAGCAUAGAUCAUCCCACAAACACAUGGCUUCCGGGGGGCAAACUUGGGCUGAACAAGACCACAGGGGUCAGUCAGCGUCUUGUUCCAUGGAGGAACAUGGCAAACCCAUCUCCCGGCUUGUUUUCGCUGGAGCUGGACCCGAACGGCACAACACAGUACUUCAUCCAGUGGAAGGAUUCCAAAACUUACUGGACCAGUGGCCCUUGGAAUGGCAAUAUCUUCAGCCUUGUGCCAGAGAUGACGGCCGGUUACAACUACAAUUUCCAAUUCAUCAACAACGACACAGAGAGCUACUUCAUCUAUUCGAUGAAGGAUAACAAUGUCAUCUCACGGUUCAUCAUUGAUGUGAAUGGGCAGAUCAAGCAGGAGACAUGGGUGUCCGCCUCACAGUCGUGGAUCAUGUUCUGGGCCCAGCCACGGACACAGUGUGAGGUGUAUGCUGUCUGCGGGGCAUAUGGCAGCUGCAACCUCAAUGCCCUCCCAUUCUGCAACUGCAUCAAGGGGUUCACUCAGAAGGUUCAGAGUGAUUGGGACCUCCAGGAUUUCAGUGGUGGCUGUAAAAGGAGAGUACCACUGCAGUGCCAGACAAAUUCGAGUUCUGCACAAGCCAAGCCUGAUAAGUUCUAUACCAUGACAGGUGUGAGGCUACCUGAUAAUGCUCAGACUGCUGUGGCUGCGAGCUCUCAAGACUGUCAGGUGACUUGUCUGAGCAAUUGCUCUUGUAAUGCAUACACUUACAAUAGUAGCGGCUGCUUUGUCUGGCAUGGGGACCUGAUUAACCUCCAAGACCAAUACAGUGGAAAUGGAGGAGGCACACUCUUCCUCAGGAUUGCAGCUUCUGAGCUUCCAGACUCCAAAAAGAGCAAGACAGUGAUCAUUGGCGCAGUUGUUGGUGGAGUUGCUGCAGUUUUAAUAGCCAUUGCUACUGUGUCGUACUUCCUAUUUCAGAAAUACCGCCGAGACAGGACUCUUCGGAUAUCCAAGACUGCUGGGGGCACACUGAUCUCCUUUAGGUACAGUGAUCUGCAGCAUGUUACUAACAACUUCUCAGAGAGGAUUGGUGGAGGUGCCUUUGGCUCAGUGUUCAAAGGGAAGCUCCCAGAUUCAACUGCCAUUGCUGUGAAGAGGCUAGACGGAGUUCACCAAGGGGAGAAGCAAUUCCGUGCUGAGGUGAGCACCAUUGGGACAAUCCAGCAUGUCAAUUUGGUCCGUCUACUUGGAUUUUGCUCUGAAGGAUCACGGAGACUGCUUGUGUAUGAGUUCAUGCCGAAGGGCUCCCUGGACUUGCAGUUAUUUCCUGGUGAGACAACGGAACUGAGCUGGGCUUCCAGGUACCAAAUAGCACUUGGAACAGCAAGAGGUUUAAAUUACCUGCAUGAAAAAUGUAGGGAUUGCAUUAUACACUGUGAUGUCAAGCCAGAAAACAUACUCUUGGAUGAGUCAUUUGUGCCAAAAGUUGCUGAUUUUGGUCUAGCGAAGCUCUUAGGCAGAGACUUCAGUCGUGUAUUGACAACAAUGAGAGGAACAAGGGGUUACCUCGCACCUGAAUGGAUCAGUGGUGUGGCCAUAACAGCAAAGGCAGAUGUCUUUAGCUACGGUAUGAUGCUCUUCGAACUCAUAUCAGGCAGGAGAAAUUCUGAUCAUGGUGAAAAGUGUGGAUCCACCUUCUUCCCAACCUUCGCUGCAAGCAAGCUUCAUGAAGGGGAUGUGCGGAGCUUGAUGGACCCCAGGCUAAAUGGAGAUGCAAAUGUUGAUGAACUCACAAGAGCUUGUAAGGUUGCCUGUUGGUGCAUCCAAGAUGACGAAAGUGCUAGACCCACAACUGGCCAGAUUGUUCAAAUCCUCGAGGGAUUCCUUGACGUUAACAUGCCUCCUGUUCCAAGGUCAUUGAGAGUUCUUGGUGAAAGCCCUGAUGUUAUGAACUUCUUUUCAGAUAUAUCUUCAAGUCAGGCUUCUCAGACACAGGACAGCACGACAACUUCCCAGACACACAGUGCUACUUCAGGCGGUUCACACUUCCAAAGUAUAUAAAUCAGAUAAUCUGCACUUGGUUAGGGCAAAUACUUGGAGAGUGUUAUGAGUGAGUGAAGAUGUACAUAAAUUAGAACCUAAUAUGCUCCGCUUUUGUACUGUGCUAUGCUUUAAUACUGUAGAUCUAGUGCAGAGUGUAGUAACCAAUAUAACAAAGGGACCACUGUUGCAUGUACACAUGCAAUCUUCCCCAUUUGUCCUACUAAAUGUAAAAUUGAGUUGAUGAGUUCACCUUUGAACCAUAUAUUGGAAUCUGAAUAUAGACGCUUUUUUGUUACAGUUA